CUUUCAAGAAAACCACAAUGGCUCCUUCUCAAAUUCUCUCCUCCUUUCUCUCUACUUCUAUACUACUGCUUUUAUUCAUCUCUCCUUCUACUUGCUAUUCUUCCUUACCAAAUUACAAGGUGGCUACUAAUCACCAGCCUGCUGAUGAUCAGAAAGUCAACCUGUCUCUGUACUAUGAAACCCUUUGUCCAGGUUGUCAGGACUUCAUUAUAGGUGCCAAUGGCUUAAUCAGGCUCUUCAAAGAAGAUGGACUUCUAAGCAUUGUUAAUCUUCGGCUUGUCCCAUGGGGCAAUGCUAAACUUACACAAAAUGAUGAAAUUGUUUGCCAGCAUGGAGAAGAGGAAUGCUACUAUAAUACUAUUCAUGCAUGCAUCAUAAACGCGUUACCUAAUACGAUUAUGCAUUUCAAGAUGAUUUAUUGCACGGAAUACUUGUUAAAAGCAAACAACUCCAGUGGAAGAGAAGUAUGGCGAGAAUGUGCUCAGAAUCUCCACUAUCCUCAGGAACCUAUUCAGAAAUGUUAUGAAAGUGGAUUGGGAAAACAGCUUGAGCUGGCUUAUGGUAAAGAAACUAGUGAUCUCCAUCCACCUCAUGACUUCACUCCAUGGGUGGUUGUCAAUGGUCAACCUCUGAGAGAACACUAUAUGGACUAUAUUUCUUACAUCUGCAAGGCUUACAAGGGGAAAAACCCACCAAAAGUAUGCCAUAAUUCAGCUCCAAGAAAUAAGAUGGCAGAUUCAAGCGACGCUGGAAUUUGUGUUCGAGAUAAUUAUUAUUAUCGAGACUUGCAGCAGAAACCACCCAAAGUUCGUGGUUACUCCGAGCCACCGCCAAGCCCAAAAGAUUUGCAUUCAUUGAUUCCAAAGCUGAAGAAUAAGUCUUGAAUUUGUGUGAUUUUGUAGAUCUGCUGGUUUGGAGGACUGAUUUAUUAAAUAAGCUUUUGUAGUCUCUCUCCACUGGUUAUUUGUGUUGAGAUUUUUAUUUCAUGCAGCUAUUACUAUUUGGUUUAAGGUUUUGUACU